AUGACGACAUCACCGAGCCGGAGGCUCAUCGGCCUUUCGACCAAGAUGUACUUCCCGCUCCAGCGCACGCUAGACUUCAUCGCCACAGUUCAGACACAGCUAGCAGCUCUGCCUCCUAAAUCUCUAGAGAACGUCGACAUCUUCAUUAUCCCCGACUUCAUCUCCAUCCACCCUGUCAGCGAAGCGCUCAAAUCUUCAGCUGUACCUAUCCGGCUGGGCGCGCAAGACUGCCACUGGGACGACUUUGGAGCCUUCACUGGCGAGGUCAGUCCAGCCGUCCUGCGCGAAACCGGAGUCUCCAUCGUCGAGGUCGGGCACGCGGAGAGAAGAAGACUCUUUGUCGAGACCGACGAGAUUGUGGCCAAAAAGGCCGCAGCAGCGAGCAGGAACGGCAUGGCGCCCCUGAUCUGCAUCGGCGAGAAGACGAAGGGGGACUUGAGCGUCGCGCUGGGCGAGUGUCAAGUCCAGAUUGACCAGUCCCUGGCGGACGUGCCCGAGUCUGCCGAAGUCAUCAUCGCGUAUGAGCCGGUCUGGGCCAUUGGUGCAAGCGAGCCGGCCAGUGAGGGUCAUGUCAUCGAGGUGGUCAAGGGAAUCAGGGCUUUUGAGAGCGUCAAGAGGAGAACGGGAACGACGAGAGUCAUUUAUGGCGGCAGUGCUGGACCGGGUUUGUUUGAGAAGCUGGGCGAGGCUGUGGACGGCCUCUUUCUUGGGAGGUUCGGGCACGAUGUGCCGAGAUUCCUCACCACUGUAUCAGAAGUGGCUUCUUUCAAGGCUUAG